UCAACAGGUGUACUCUGUGUCGAGGAAUUGAAGUAUCUAAACCAAUCAUCAUGGCCGAAACCCAGCAAACCGCUGCCAAGCCAGCCAAGCCCGCCAAGAAGACUCCCUCCAAGCCGAGGAAGCCGUCAGGCCCCAGCGCUGCCGACAUGAUCCUUGCGGCCCUCAAGGACCUGAGCCAGCCCCGUAAGGCUGUCUCUGCCCAGGCCAUCACCAAGUACGUCAAGGCGAACUACAAAGUGACCGACAAAGUGGACGGCAACCUCCGAAGGGCCGCCAAGAAACUGACGGCCAACGGUGCCAUCCUCCAGGUGACCGGCAAGGGGUACAACGGAUCCUACAAGAUCAACGUGAAGAAGGCCACCGUCUCAGAAGCUGCCAAGAAGAAGAAGGCCGCUACCGCCGCCAAGAAGAAGGCAGCGUUGGAGAAGAAGAAGGAGAAGAGAGCUGCGAAGAAGGCCAAGGCUGCCGCUAAGACUGCCGCCAAGAAGGCUGCUGCCAAGAAGAAGAAGGCCGCCAAGAAGCCAGCUGCCAAAGCCAAGAAGCCGGCCGCCAAGAAACCAGCUGCCAAGAAGCCAGCCGCCAAGAAACCAGCUGCCAAGAAGCCAGCUGCCAAGAAGCCUGCUGCUAAGAAGCCGGCCACCAAGAAACCCAAGCCAGCGAAGAAGGCCGCGAAGCCCGCCAAGAAAGCAGCGAAGAAGCCCGCUAAGAAGGCUGCCAAGAAGACAGCCAAGAAAUAAGCAGCUGACCAGCAGCUUUUAAAAACCCAACCGGCUCUUUUCAGAGCCACCACAAAUUCACAAAAGAGAUUAGAAUUCAUGUGCUGUAUUUUUUUUAUUAUUUUGUAUUUGAAGAGUGAUGAUGUUUAUCAAAACGCGUAUCUCUCCUUGACUUCAUUACUAAUAACCAUCAAUUAAAAAUAAAGUUCUCUUUCUUU